AUGCCCAGUGUUCAAGAUAACGUAGGUUGGCCAUGCGGGUUUCAAACCGUGUUGUUCUCUAGAAUCCUGAGGUUGCGAAUACCGCUAGGAGUCCCACGGCCUCAGAAGAUGUCUGCACCGCGAAGGUACCCAAAAGUGGAGAUAAGGAGACCAACACCAAUACCGAUGCGAGUGCUGAUACCCACACUCUGAGAGAGCCCACCGAGCAGGAGAGAAAGCAGGCCCCAAACUGCACUCCUGUUCAGGAAUUCAGCUUCACUGGAGGCUACGGAAUACAGGAAUUCGAUUAUUCCGCGAUGAUGUAGGCUGAACUCAAACUAUGUAAUCAUUUUCAGCAAACCAAAGGUUCAUGCUUUCGAUCCAGCCACCGAAGAAGCCAGAAAGAGAGAAGAAAGGAAGAAGAGACGGGAGAAGAGAAGAAAUUCCAAGACCGGUUAA